AUGAAUCGCAUGUUGGUCAUUCAAAUGCUUCAUAGUAAAGCCAUGGAGCGAAGGAUGAGGGCAGAAUGCGAUGUUGUUUUUGCUGAAGAAAUGGGUUUUCGUGAACUUAUUAGUUUAGAAGAAGGGUUUAGAUGGGAAGAGAUGCUUAAUUGGGCUGAGCUGGAGGUAUACCAGCUGAAGUUGGCUCUGACCGAGCAAGAAAUGCUAAACCAUUUUCGUUUCAAUGUAGUGGGCUCUUUUGGACUUGAUAAACUUGGGGAAAAAGAGAUGACACUUCAUUCUUCAAUUAUGGGUCUGCGAAACCGGUUGGAACAGGCGGAGAAAGACUUGAACUCAAUCAAUUCCAGACACACUGAGUUUCUGCAAGAGAAAAUGCGGAAGUGGAAUAAUGAAAAGGAGGCGCUCGAUCUUCAGAUGGAAGAACUGCGCAUCCGAAUAACAAGACUGAAUCAGGGACCUGAUGCUCUGGCGCCAACCAAAUCGCCAAGAAGCGGGGUGGUGGACGUAACGAGAAGCAGGACCGAAACUCCCACAGAGGGUAUUCAUAUAUCCUAUUUAACAGAAAGGACGAAAGAAGCCCUUUCCCGGGCUCAGGAUAUAUUAUCAUAA